CUCAGGCAGGUGUGUGGGAUGGAUUGAAGGGUAUAAGGCUGGGAGUAGGGAGGAGAGUUAGGAAAUGUAUUGUGAUCCAGUUGAGAAACGUAGCUCUCUUACAUCACUGUCUGGCACGUCAUAAGUGAGGUACAUACAUUAGAAGAGAAGGGUCUCCAUUUUGUCAAGAGAAAAAAGGAAAUUAUUGGACUUCUGUCCAGGCCAGAACUCAAGAUGGCUGUGCUCUUGUUGAGACAUAUUGGCUGUCAUUGCCUCUGUGCCCACCUUGGUCCUCAGCUCUGUAUCAGAAACUGGUCUCUUCCCAUGGUGAUGUCCAUUUGCCACCAUGACACUGGUAUUGCCUUGAGUGCAGGGGUUGGGAUCAGGAAAGGGCCUGACAGUUCCCCAGCUAUACCAGUCAGGAGUGCUUGUCUUGGUUCUUACUGUGUUGUCCUCUGUAGGGCUGGCAGCCCUGUGAAGAGCCGAAGUUCCCAGCAUCAUCUUCCUACAAAUUAUUACACUGACCUGUCUUCCUGCUUGUCACUCCUGUCUUCAGCCAGGGCAAAGUUCUCCUGAUUUGUUUAGACCCUUUUGUGCUUGCAGAUCCCCUUGGAGCUCAGCAGUAGAGGACCUUAUAGAACCAUAGUAGUGGAAAAGGGUCCAGUUUUCCCCUUAUUUCUUUCUUUUUAUUUUAUUUUAUUUUAUUUUUGCGGUACGCGGGCCUCUCACUGUUGUGGCCUCCCCCAUUGCGGAGCACAGGCUCCGGACGCGCAGGCUCAGCGGCCAUGGCUCACGGGUCCAGCCGCUCCGCGGCAUGUGGGAUCUUCCCGGACCGGGGCACGAACCCGUGUCCCCUGCAUCGGCAGGCAGACUCUCAACCACUGCGU